AUGGUGGAUAUAAAUAGCCCGACCAGUCGCCAAUUACUGAACCAUUCUGAAGCCACUCUCGCCAAGGAGACAUCGGUAGAUAAUAAGAUAUACGGCUCCACUAACAUGAAACAAACACCAUUCCGUCAAGAGCCUGUGGCGGUGGUUGGUUUCGCCUGCCGGCUUCCAGGCGGGAACAAUAGCCCUCAGAAGCUCUGGGAGUUCUUAGAACGAGGUGAAAUUGCAUCAAAUCAGGUCCCGAGGGAGCGUUUCAAUAUUGAUGGCCAUUAUGACGGCUCCCACAAGCCGGGGACCAUGCGACCGAAGGGUGGUAUGUUUAUCGGAGACCAUGAUCUGGCUGACUUUGAUGCCUCUUUCUUCGGGAUCGGAGGCACCGAGGCCAUUGCCAUGGAUCCUAAUCAGCGGCAGAUGCUAGAGGUGGUGUAUGAAGGGCUGGAAAAUGCAGGAAUUCCAUUAGAGAAGAUCGACGGUCACCCAGUCGCUUGCUAUGUGGCCUCAUAUGCUUCCGAUUAUGGUGACAUGCAGAACCGGGAUGCAGAGGACCGACCAGACAACUGCGGCGUUGGGGUGGGCCGUUCUAUUAUGGCAAAUCGGCUAAGCUAUUUCCUGAAUGUCAAGGGCCCUAGUAUAACGAUAGAUACAGCUUGUUCCGGCAGCUUGGUGGGCCUAGACCUGGCCUGCCGCUCUGUUCAGUCCGAUGAGGCCAAUAUUGCGAUUGUGGCUACUAGUAACUUGUACCUGAACCCGGACCAUGUCAUGGAUGCUGGCAGUGUCGGCAGGGCGCAUUCCCCGUCGGCACUCUGUCAUACGUUUGACGCUGAUGCCGACGGGUAUGUUAAGGCCGAGGCUGUCAGCUGUGUGAUUGUGAAGAGGCUGUCGGAUGCCAUUCGUGACCGUGACCCCAUACGUGCUAUAGUGAAGGGCACCGCUUCGAAUAGCAACGGUCGAACGGGAGGCAUUGCGAGUCCUAGCUAUGAGGCCCAAGCUGCCGCCAUUCGUUCGGCGUAUGCUAACGCCGGCAUCGUCAGCUUUCACGAGACUGCCUAUCUCGAAUGCCAUGGUACGGGAACCCAGGCGGGUGAUCCGGCGGAGGUUCGAGGUGUUGGGUCUGUGUUUGCAGCGACCCGGACGGGGGAUAAGCCACUGCUCAUCGGCUCUAUAAAGAGUAACAUUGGUCAUUCCGAGCCUGCGGCGGGCAACUCGGGCUUGCUGAAAGUCAUCAUGUCUAUCGAGAAAGGCGUGAUUCCCGGAACACCCCUGUUCAUUAAGCCAAACCCUAAGAUCGACUUCGAAGGAUUUAAAGUGAAAGUCUUCCGCACUGCUGUCCCCUGGCCUGACGAAGGCUAUUCUGUCCGUCGUGCCAGUAUCAACUCCUUCGGCUUCGGAGGCUCCAACGCGCAUGCAAUCGUUGAACAGCCAAGUGCGGUCAUGCGGAGCUUCUAUCGGUCCUCCUAUGCCCUGGCGACCGAAGGAGAUGGCGACGGUGACAACAGUGACGACAGCUGGGAGAAUGACGCCGAACAUAGUGAUCGUCCGUACACAUUGAUCGUGUCGGCCAACGAUGCGCAAUGCCUCCGCGAGAAUGUUCGCGCGCUCACCCGGCAUCUGAUCAAUCCACGCGUGCACGUUCAAUUGGCAGAUCUAGCGGCAACCCUCUCGGAGAGGCGGUCCCGACUGUGGCACCGGGCCUUCGUCACAACCCGCACGACGGAGGUCGAAGAGAAGGACUUCGUGUUUGGCAAGAACCGCGGCCAGGCGCCCAAAAUCGCUUUUGUUUUUACUGGCCAAGGAGCGCAAUGGCCGCAGAUGGGUAAGGAAAUACUACAAUUCUUCCCUUGGACGCGCACGAUCCUAGAUGAACUCGACACGGCGCUGCAGUCGCAGCCAGAUCCCCCCGAGUGGUCUCUCAUCGGUGAGUUGACCGAACCGCGGGCGGGGGAGCACCUCCGCCAGCCAGAAUAUUCGCAGUCAAUUUUGACUGCACUUCAACUAUGUAUAUUUGCCGUGUUGGAGGCGUGGGGCAUCAAUCCCAGUAGUGUGGUGGGUCAUUCGUCCGGCGAGAUCGCGGCGGCUUAUGCGGCUGGCCAUAUUGACCGUGCGAGCGCGAUCAAGGCUGCAUUCUACCGGGGCCGGGCUGCUGUGAACUGCAAGAGCCAGGGCAGGUUGGAUUCAGAUGUGGGGAUGUUGGCGGUCGGUCUCAGCUCCCAGGCGACGCUAGAAUACCUGGAUAAGUACAAGGGAAGCGCAUGGAUUGCGUGCUUCAAUAGUCCCAGCAGUGUGACUGUGUCAGGCAAGCAAUCGACGUUAAACAAUCUUGCCGACGAGAUCAAGGCCCAAGGCCAUUUUGCCCGCGAGUUGCAAGUGGAGCUAGCAUACCACUCGGAGUUGAUGACCCCCAUCGGGGAAGAGUACUUCACCCUGCUCGAGGAUGACGCCCAGUUCCAGCCGCUGCAGGGCGAUGGCGCCUGCAAGGCUAAGAUGUUCUCUUCUGUCACGGGCUCGCUCAAGGAAUCCAUGCCGGAUGUCCUGUACUGGAAGUCGAACAUGGUCUCCCCGGUCCGGUUUAGUGAGGCUUUGCUAGAGCUAGUCAAGACAGACGCCCCUACCAUGAUCAUUGAGAUCGGCCCCUCUGGAGCAUUGGCUGGACCGAUAUCAGAAGUGCUUAAAACUCUGCCCACUGGUGAGGAGAUACAAUACUGCGCUGCGUGGGCCCGUGGUGGCAACUCCGGGAAAUCCCUAUUCGAUGUCGCUGGGCAUCUCUUUGCCAUCGGCGGGCCAGUUAAUUUCGCUCAUGUCAACGAGUAUGAUGGAACUGAGGUGCGGACCCUCGUCGAUCUGCCUAACUACUCAUGGAGCCAUACGGUCAAAUACUGGCACGAAAGCGCGGCCAGUCACGACUGGCGGUACAAGCAAUUUAUCACGCACGAUCUGCUAGGAUCUAAGAUCCCGGGAACGGCGUGGGAGUCACCAACCUGGCGCAAGCACCUUCAGGUGGCCGAUGUACCCUGGCUGCGGGACCACAAGAUGGGCCCCGAUAUACUAGUUCCGGCUGCCGGGCUAGCUGCGAUGGCGUUGGAAGCCAUGUAUCAGAAAUAUUGCGCUCUGAACCUAGAAAAUGUCGUCGCGCCCAACGACCUGGCGUACCGAUUCCGCAACGUCAGGUUCGAGCGUGCGGUCGUAGUCGAGGAGAGUAAACCUACGACGAUCCUCCUAACGCUAACGAAUGUGCCUAGCAGCAAGGAAUGGCAUGAAUUUCGCAUUCGUACCGUGGCCCUGAGUGUGAGCUACGAGCACUGCUCCGGAUUGAUCCGCAUCCAGGACCCAAUAGGUGACGAUGAGGCGCUGAAGGGGGAACAGCUUGCACCCCUGAAGAACCCGCAAUCGGCCCAAUUGUGGUACAAGGCGCUACAGGAGGUGGGGAUUCGAUUUGGCCCAACCUUCCAGACCAUGAAGAGUGUCGAGUCCUUCAGUGGAAGUCGCACCUGUCGGACCAUUGUCUCACUCGAGCCACCCGCAUCCAGAUGGGAUCCCCAGUCCUGCUAUCCAUUCCAUCCGGCGAUCCUGGACGGGUUUCUGCAGAGUGCGACGCCGGCGAAUGCCGCGGGAGAGCGAAGCUUAAUUAAAGAUAGUGUGAUUCCCGCCCUCGUGGAUGAUAUGAUCAUCAACAAAAUCCCUUGCAACCUUGUAGAGGGCUUAUCGGUGGCCGAGUCAAUCUACACCGGCCGUGGGCGUCGCGAUGUGGCCAAGAGCUGGACUGCCAACAUUGCCAUCCAUCAUCCGCACACCGGCGCCCUGCUACUGCGGCUGCGGGGACUCAACUACAUCCGUCUGGACGUGGAUGAGAAGCCAGAUGUUCAUGUUUUUAGCACGGCAAUCUGGAACCCCGAUAUCUCUCUGCUCACGCAGGACCAAUUCAUACACCUCAAGCCCUCAAAUAUGGGCUCUAGCCGAAUAGAUACGGUUCUGGACCUGGUGGCAUGGAAGGUGCCUACUCUUCAGGUGCUAGAACUGAACAUGGACGAAGAAGAUACAUCCUCGCUGUGGUUGGAGGGAGGUGACGAGCGAGCACGGUCUGCAUACGGUCUAUAUCAUCUGGGAUCCAUUAGUCCGACCAAGAUGGUGGCUCUCAAGUCCACCCAUGAGUCCAAGCCCAAUACCGAAAUUCAUCUACUAGAUCUCGGCAAGGAUAAACUCGGACUCCCCGCCAGGGAUGGCUUGUAUCACCUUGUCAUUCUCAAGACCGCGAUGCGAUGCGAUGUUGCUACCAGCGCAGAGAGUAUUAUCGAGCGCCUGGACAGCCUGCUACGGCCAGCGGGGUUUGUUCUGGUGGUCGCACCCGCGGAGCCAAUAGAAACCCAAGGUAAUGAGCCUACCCAGGGCAAGUUAAUUGGCGACAUAGAUGGGGUCUCCACCCAAGAAUUUUCCCCAAGCUCUGGUUCCAUGAUGCCGCUCCCGCAAUCGGGUUCGGUGCUCCAGAUAAAUCCCGAGCCCGAUCACCAUGCUACGGCCUAUCUCUGGCGACAACUGGUCAAAACCCCACAGACUUCUAGUUCUCAACAACGACACCUCACGGUUGCUUGUUUCAAUGACGACGCGCCCACCCUGUCAUCGACACUCAAAUCCUCAUUGGGGGCAGCAGGCUGGUCCAUCCAGACCGUUCCAAUCACGAGGGUGGCAGCGGUGGCAAAUAAUAACGACGCUUCCCAGUCGGUCCUGAUGGUGCUGGAUGAGCUUUUCAAGCCGGUGCUGACCCAGAUCGGCGAGUCUGAAUGGGAGGCGCUGAAAGUAGUCAUUAGCACCGGCCAGCCCCUACUAUGGGUCACCAAAGGAGGACAGACCCCACAAGUUUCAGACCCCGAUAAUGCCCUGGUGCAGGGUCUCUUCCGCGCGAUCCGUCGCGAAGACCCGCAGGCCAAUCUUACCACUCUCGAUGUGCACUCCGCGACCAGUCCCGCCACAAAUCAGGCAAUCGAGUGGUUGCUUGAGGGGCUUCUGGGCGGGGCGGGUGGUGAAACCGAGUACGCUGAGAGGGACGGUGUCGUACUGAUACAGCGGCUAACGCCGGAUCGUGCCGUGAACGAAUUCAAGGCGGCUGAGAACGGCAAUGGCUUUCAACCAGUGGUCAAACAAUUCCACGAGACUAAAGCCCAGGUGCGUCUACAGGCGGAGAAGGUUGGCACCUUACAGAGUCUCAUAUGGUGUGAAACGGCGGUCGGUGAGGUGCCAAUGGAGCCAGGUAUGGUGGAAAUUGAGGUCAUAGCCGUGGGGGUUAACUUCAAAGAUGUCGCCACAACUAUGGGUAUUGUGCCCGAGAAUGAAUAUACCAUUGGGUGCGAAUGCGCCGGGUACAUCAAACGGAUUGCGCCAGCGCUGCAAACGCACCUUCAGGUAGGUGAUCGAGUGGCUGCAAUGGCGAGUGGGACGUACGCAAAUCGCGUGCAGUGUCCUCAUAGGCGAGUACAUCGCAUCCGCGAAUCUUUGAGCUAUGACGAGGCAGCAACCAUCCCGUUAGUAUAUCUGACAGCUAUUUAUUCUCUCUACCAUCUGGGAAACCUCCAAGCAGGCCAAUCCGUGUUAAUUCACUCCGCGGCCGGCGGCGUGGGACUAGCCGCCAUUCAGCUCGCGCAGUACAAGAAGUGCGAUAUCUUCGUCACCGUCAGCACUGAAAAAAAGCGCCAGUUUCUGGCACACACGUUCGGUCUGCCCGAGAAUCGGAUGUUCACCUCUCGUAGUGCUCGAUUCGCCGAAGAGAUCCGCCGCGAGACCAAUGGCCGCGGCGUGGAUAUCAUCCUUAAUUCGCUGACCGGUGACCUUCUGGACGAAUCCUGGCGGCUUACUGCCGAUGGAGGCACCAUGGUCGAGAUCGGAAAGCGGGAUAUCGUCGACCGCAAUAGUCUGUCUAUGGAGCCCUUCGACCGCAACUGCUCAUUCCGCGCGGUCGACCUUUCAUACACCCGCACGAUCACCAACGAGCUGGUGGGAAACCUCCUGGGAGAGAUCUUCGACCUCGUAAACAGCGGUCAUGUCCGGCCAAUCCAUCCCAUCACCCGCUACCCCUUUGAUCAAGUCAUCUCAGCCCUGUCGUAUAUGCGCAGCGGAAAGCACAUGGGCAAAAUUAUCAUCUCCAGUGUCCAGGAGGCCACGGAUCUACAGCUGCCCAUUCGAUCAGCCGUCCCGAUGCUAAACCUCGAUCCCGAGGCCGCGUAUAUCAUUGUGGGAGGACUCCGGGGUCUGGGUGGCAGCUUGGCUGUAUAUCUGGCCCAACACGGGGCCCGUUACAUCGUAUCAAUCAGCAGGAGUAGGGUCCACGAUUCUGCCUCCGCCCGCGUGCAUGCCAACUGCGAUACAUACGGAUGUGAGGUCGUCGAGGCAAAGGGCGACAUUGGGGAUUUGGAUUUCGUGCGACGGGUGUUCCGGUCCAUCCAGCCUCGGCGUGUUGCAGGUUUGAUUCAAGGCGCUAUGAUCCUCCGGGACAACCCCUACGAGACCAUGACCCACGAUGACUACAUCACCUCCAUCCACGCGAAGGUAAGCGGCACCUGGAACCUUCACCUCGCCGCCCAGCAAGAGCAACCCCAACCCCUGGACUUCUUCACCAUGCUCUCCAGUAUCUCCAGCAUCAUUGGAAACAAAGGCCAGGCGAACUACGCAGCGGGCAAUGCCUUCCUCGACGCUUUCGCCAGUUACCGUAAUGCCACAGGCCUGCGCGCCAAUACUAUCAAUCUCGGACUAAUCGAGGAUGUGGGAUAUGUGGCGGAGCAAGGCAGCACACUCGAGGCGCGCUUCGACCGUCGCCAGUGGGUCCCCAUCAACGAAGGCACCUUUCGCCGCAUUGUCUCCUACUCCGUGUUUCAACAACAAGGGAGUAUUCGCGGCAGUAUUAACAGUGCCCAGCUAAUCACUGGCCUGGCUUACCCACUCGACGCGAACAGUAAUGCUACUGCUGACCUGAAAGCCGAACCGCGGUUUGGAUUUUUCUUCAGCAGCCACAGUAUCGGCGGUAAUAGCAGCAACAACGACAAUGGGGGACAGGACGAUCCAGCGACCGGGGCGAUCAAGGCCUUGCAUCUGUUGCAUGUGUCCCAGGCAGACGUGACGGCCCUGAGAAAAGUGGCUCUGGAGCUGCUACAGAUGCAGCUGAUCAAGAUCCUACGACUGGAAGCGGAGAUGGAGCCCGGAAAGCCGCUAAUGACGUACGGUCUAGACUCAUUGUCUGCUGUGGAACUGCGAGGGUGGGUUCGUCAGAAGAUUGGGGCUGAAUUGAGUACGCUCGAUAUCACGAAUGCGAGCUCGUUGACGGCCCUCAGCGAGAGAUUGGUGUCCAAGUUGCCGAGUGUGAGGUAA